AGUGAUUCACUUCAAAACUCAUCCUGUGAAGUCAGAUAGCUGUCAAAAGUGUGGAGUUUCAUCUAUCAUCAUCAGAAACGAAGAAAGAGGGAAGAGAAAGCACUCAGCAGAUUUCCUACACAUACUUCACAAACUUGAUUGUAGAAGUUUAGCAAUGGAGGCUUCCUCUGCUGAUAACAAUUCAACUGACCUACCCUCACAGCCCUGGUAUGAACCCCAAGUCAUUCUCUCCAUGAUCAUUCUCAGCCUCACUUUCUUAUUGGGAGUGCCAGGCAACGGCCUAGUGCUGUGGGUGGCUGGCUUCAAGAUGCAGCGGACAGUGAACACGGUUUGGUUUCUCCAUCUCACACUGGCGGACUUCCUCUGCUGCCUCUCCUUGCCCUUCUCCCUGGCUCACUUGGCUCUCCAAGGACACUGGCCCUAUGGCUGGCUCCUAUGCAAGCUCCUCCCUUCCAUCAUCAUCCUCAACAUGUUUGCCAGCGUCUUCCUGCUGACUGCCAUUAGCCUGGAUCGUUGUCUCUUGGUCCUCAAGCCAAUCUGGUGCCAGAAUCACCGCAAUGUGGGGACAGCCUUUGCUAUCUGUGGAUGUAUAUGGGUGGUGGCUUUUGUAAUGUGUAUACCUGUGUUCAUGUACCGGGAAACAUUCACUGUAGACAACCAUUAUAUGUGUGGCUACAAUUUUGGUCUCUACAGCUCAUUAGAUUAUUCAGACUUCACCAUUGAUUUCCUGGAAAAUGGGUCUCUUGACAACUCCAUUGUUCAGAUGCCUGGAGAAAUGGAUGAUAGAUUAGAGUCUUUCUCUUUACAAACAAAUGAUCUUCCUUGGACAGCCACCACUAUCCUCUAUUCUCAAACAUUUCAAAGACCUUCUGGCGAGUCACUCCCUAUGGAUUCAGCCAAAUUAUCUAGUCAACAUCCAUAUUAUAAUUUAUUUAAACCUCCUGAUGAGGUCUCAUCUAUAAUCCCCAGUGGGUUUCCCAUUGAAGAUCACAGAAUUGACCCACCAGAUAACUCUGAUACUUUUCUCUCUACUGAUGUAGAGCUUUACUCUGGUACUUCCACCAAUUCCUUAUACGCAUACGAGCUAUCCCAAGAUUUCCAGGAUGAUGAUUUAGGCCAGUUUUCAUAUGACAAUCAAGUACUAACACCCCUGAUGGCAAUAACCAUCACUAGGCUAGUGGUGGGUUUCCUUCUGCCCUUUAUUGUCAUGUUGAACUGCUAUGGCCUCAUUAUCUUCCGAAUGCGACGGGGCCGCUUCACCAAGACUCGGAUCAAAACCUUGCGAGUGGCCAUGGCUGUGGUGGUUGUCUUCUGUGUCUGCUGGGCUCCAUACCACGUCGUUGGAGUCCUGUCACUGUUUUUUGGCCCAGAAACUCCCUUUGGAGAAGCUCUGCUGUCUUGGGACCACGUGUCCAUUGCUCUAGCAUCUGCCAAUAGUUGCUUUAAUCCCUUCCUCUAUGCCCUCCUAGGAAAAGAUUUCAGGAAGAAAGCAAAGCAGUCCAUGAAGGGCAUUCUGGAGGCAGCUUUCAGUGAAGACCUCACACACUCUACCAGCUGUCCCCAAAGCAAAAUCUUUUUGGAAAGAAACAGCGUCAGUACAAAUGUGUGACAAUAUGGAGCCGUUGACCUAAGCAGAGGUUCUUAGGUAUUCACCCAGUGCAACAUGUUUCUAAAACAACGAGGGAUAUCCUGAGCAGGGGAUUUCAGAAAUCAUCAAAGAAUCAAUCCAUAGGUUCUCAAAAGUAUGGUCCGAGACUAGUGGUAUCAGUGUCACCUGGUAACUUGUUAGAAUCACCUAGAAACUUGCUGAAUCAGAAUCUCUGGGGGUGGGCCCCAGCAAGUGUUUUAACAAACUCUCGUUUCUAAUAAAUGAUACAAUUAGAGAAUCAGUGUAUAAAUUAGUCUAUUUUUAUCCCAAACUAAGCCAUUGAGAUCAAUGAGAACCUAGUCUGUUUUAAAAUGAUUUUUCCAUCAUGCAUUUUUUUCUUUAGUAUUGUACAAAUCCCCUCCCAGAUUCAAUUUAAAACCGUUUCAUCUAGUCUUACCUGAGUGAAAAAUGAUCAUUUCUUUAUGGCUUUGUUGUGGUGGUGGUGAUGUUUUUCAAUGAAAAGAAGGCGCAAAAAGAAAAAGUCAAUGAAAACAAGCAGUUAUGAGACUGAGCCUGGAGCAGAGUACAACGUCAGAUGUCUGCUAUGUGCAAUACUCCUGGAUACAGGACAUGGGAAUUCCAAGUUUCCAUUAUUACAGCUAAAGAGUCAUCUACUGUGUAAAGAUGGGCUGCUAAGGCAUCUGAAAAGUGACUCAUAAAAUGGCAUGUAAGCUGCAGUUUGGGGAGUUUUCUAUUUGUUUACUCAAUCUGCCCAUUGAUAGAACCAUCUCUUGUCCAUUCCCUUUCCUAAGCUCCUUUAGGGUUAUUCCUCUCCUGGCUCUAAAUCGUCUUCCAUAUUAGACUUUGUGCAUCUAAUAACCUCUAAUUUCAUAAGAUUCAAAUCGUUCUUCUCCUCUUGCUUGAAACUAAUAUUCCCUAAGACACUCAUUUCCAAUGAGAAGAGAAAGAGGGUGGAGGAUGGAGCAGUAAUCCUUGAAUUCACUGCAUAGUGACUGAGUACCCUCCAGGAAUACCAUCCAACUUUGUUUUUUUUUUUUUUAAGUUUUUAUUUUUUUAUUUGCGAGAGAGUGAG